CACUCCGAUGCGAUUAUUUAGUUUGGACGUUUAUAUUUUGUUCAAUUAUUUUGGGACCGAGGUUAUCUCGCUCAGCCUCAGUGAGAUGAAAUUUAACAAUAGAAAAAGGGGAAUCAGGUAAGUGAAGAUGUAAAAGAUGCAUUUAUGAUUUAUGUUUUGCACGGUACAAAGCUGUACAUAGACCUAACUCGUGUAUUAUUACAAUGGAAUUAAGUUACCAUGUGGGUUUUUAAUCUCCAUAAUAGAUUGAAUUAAGUUUCAUAUGUCGGAUUUUUUAAUCUCCAUAAUAAUUUGAGUAUGCACGAAGUUGUUUCACAUCAGAGAUCAUUCACUUCUCGCUACCUACCUCCUUGUGAAUGGGCCGGUCAUCCAUUCAUUCCAUGGUACCUUUCUAUUUUGUGGUUGUUUUUUACGCUUUAUGUCUAUUCACACAGCUUAAAGUCUCAAACUUUAUCUACAAAAAGAACCACGACUUUUAGUCAGAACGAAAAAAAAUAAUAAUAAUUAAAUAAAAAAAUGAAACCAGUUGGAGAGAUUUUUGUAGUUCCAUUCAUCGUGAGCAGCCAUGUUUAUCCUUGCAUUGAGCUCUGCAGGCUACUCUGUUCCGUAAACUACAAAACCACUUUGAUCAUCUCCUCGGAACUAAUUCCCGGAGUACCGGAAUUUCUUCUCAAAAACCAACUUUUCCUGGUGGCCGAGUGUCCGCACCCCUUACCCCCGCCUCCGACCAAAUCGACGAAAUCCGGUCCAAACCAUCUGGAGAUCUAUUUCCACCAAAUGGGCAACUUCAUCGAGUCUAUGCUGGAAUCUCGUAAUCCCCAGGAUUGGAAACUCCCGUGCUUUGCCCUGUUAGACAGCAUGAUGAUGCCGGCGGCUAAAUCCGCGUUCACGAGAUUCGGCGCUCCCGUGGUGGCGAUUUUCACCUGUGGCGCUGCGAGUAUGGCCCUCGAACACGCCGCCUGGAAGUCCGACGUGGAGGACCUGAACCCCGGCGAGACCCGCAUCCUUCCGGGCUUGCCGGAGUGCAUGGCGUUUCGUUAUUCCGACCUCACUCGGGGGAAUCAUGACGGGCCCGGAACACCAUCAUCAUCAGUUGAUUCAAGGGAGAUAAAGAAGAAAGAGAAGAAAAAAUCGAUGCCGACUCAACCGGGAGAUGAACCGCCAUGGGUAGAAGACACAAAAGGAGCCGUUGCUUUUCUCAUAAACACAUGUGAAGAACUCGAAAGACCUUUCAUUUCCUACAUUUCCGACCAAAUCGGUGUUCCGGCGUGGGCUGUUGGGCCAUUACUCCCCGGGGAAUAUUGGAGGAGUUGGACCGGAAGUACUGAUCAAGAAGAAACCCAUUUGAAUUCCACAAAACUCAGGCCCAGUUCCAAAUCAAACUACUCUGAAUCUUACAUCCUGAAAUGGUUAGAUACCAAACCGAAAUGCUCUGUGCUUUACAUCUCCUUUGGGACUUACCUGACCCCUGAAUUGGAAGAGCUUGAAGAGUUAGCAAAAGCCGUGGAAGAACUGAACCCGCGAUAUUCCUUCAUCUGGGUUCUUCAAUCCGGGAAUUCACAAGUGCUUUUUGAGUAUUACCCUCAUGGGCUGGAUCGAAAAGUUGGUGACAGAGGUUUAAUCAUUCAGGGCUGGGCUCCGCAGUUGUCGAUCCUGAAUCAUCAGGCCGUUGGUGGGUUCUUGACGCACUGUGGUUGGAGCUCCACAAUGGAGGCGAUUGGGCGUGGGAUUCCGAUGUUAGCCUGGCCCAUCAAGGGUGAUCAGUUCUACAAUGCAAAGUGCAUUCAGGGCCACUUUCGAAUCGGGAUUUUGGUAUCGAAAUCUGGAAGAAUGGUUACCAAAAAUGAGAUUAUUGAAGGGAUUGAAAUGCUGAUGGGUGAUGAAGGAUUGCGUACAAGAGCCGCGGAACUGCGCAAUGAAGCUUUCAGUCAUGGUUUUCCGUCUAGUUCUCUGGCUUCUAUUGAAGCUUUCAAGGGUUUCUCUCUCAAUUAUUAAGUGUAACCUUCUUCCUUUUCCGGGAAUAAAAAUAAUAAUUCAUGUUGUAAUCAGUGAAUUUCAUUAGAAAUAAUAAAAAUUUUAUGUACACCAACACGAAACUCAAAAUUUAAUGUGAACUAUUUUUUAAGUACAAAAAUGGUACUUUUUAGAACAGGGAACCAUAAAUUAUAGUCACCUUAAUGAUCCAAUGAUUACAUGUAUUUUUAUAUGAAUGGUCAUUGAUAUCUAAUUGAUUCCCCUGGUUGAUGAGACUUCUAAAUAAUUUGGCAAGUAUAACUAUAAUUUGGAUUCAUGAAAGAAAAUAAUGUUUUCGAUUAAUGACAAUUUUCGCUUAUAAACAAAAACUAAAACUUUGUAAUACUUUGCAAAUUCACCCAUGCACAAACUAAAUCCACUAACUAGCUCGAUCCCACUC